CGGGCGGGAGGGGAGGAGAGGCCCGAGGGCGCUUGCUUUGGAGGCCGCGGGCCGGUGACUGACUGCGCGCGAGGCGGCCGGCGGUGGCGGUGGCACCAUGUCGCGCUCCGUGCUGCAACCCAGUCAGCAGAAGCUGGCGGAGAAGCUGACCAUCCUCAACGACCGGGGCGUCGGCAUGCUCACCCGCCUCUACAACAUCAAGAAGGCAUGUGGAGAUCCUAAGGCCAAACCAUCUUACCUUAUUGAUAAAAACCUGGAGUCUGCUGUGAAAUUCAUAGUGAGAAAAUUCCCUGCUGUAGAAACCCGCAACAACAAUCAACAGCUUGCACAGCUACAGAAAGAAAAGUCAGAGAUUCUGAAAAAUCUGGCAUUGUAUUACUUCACAUUUGUAGAUGUUAUGGAAUUUAAGGACCAUGUCUGUGAAUUGCUAAAUACGAUUGAUGUUUGCCAAGUCUUCUUUGAUAUUACUGUGAACUUUGAUUUAACAAAGAACUACUUAGAUUUGAUUAUAACCUACACAACAUUAAUGAUACUGCUGUCUCGAAUUGAAGAAAGGAAGGCAAUCAUUGGUUUGUACAACUAUGCUCAUGAAAUGACCCAUGGAGCAAGUGACCGAGAAUACCCACGCCUUGGUCAGAUGAUUGUGGAUUAUGAAAACCCUUUAAAAAAGAUGAUGGAAGAAUUUGUACCCCAUAGCAAGUCUCUUUCAGAUGCACUAAUUUCUCUUCAAAUGGUGUAUCCUCGAAGGAAUCUUUCAGCUGAUCAGUGGAGAAAUGCCCAGUUGUUGAGUCUCAUCAGUGCUCCCAGUACAAUGCUUAAUCCUGCACAAUCAGACACUAUGCCUUGUGAAUAUCUCUCUUUGGAUGCAAUGGAGAAGUGGAUCAUCUUUGGCUUUAUUUUGUGCCAUGGAAUCCUAAAUACCGAUGCUACAGCACUGAACCUUUGGAAACUAGCUCUUCAAAGUAGCUCUUGCCUCUCUCUCUUUCGAGAUGAAGUAUUCCACAUUCACAAAGCUGCAGAGGAUUUAUUUGUAAACAUACGAGGCUACAAUAAACGUAUUAAUGACAUAAGAGAAUGCAAGGAAGCAGCCGUGUCACAUGCCGGUUCCAUGCACAGAGAAAGACGCAAGUUUUUAAGGUCUGCACUGAAAGAAUUGGCUACUGUCCUCUCUGACCAACCUGGCUUGCUGGGUCCCAAGGCACUUUUUGUUUUUAUGGCAUUAUCUUUUGCCCGUGAUGAAAUUAUCUGGCUACUUCGUCAUGCAGAUAACAUGCCAAAGAAGAGUGCAGAUGACUUUAUAGAUAAGCACAUUGCUGAAUUAAUAUUUUACAUGGAAGAACUUAGAGCACAUGUUAGGAAAUAUGGACCUGUAAUGCAGAGAUACUAUGUGCAGUACCUUUCUGGCUUUGAUGCUGUUGUCCUCAAUGAACUCGUGCAGAAUCUUUCUGUUUGCCCUGAAGAUGAAUCUAUCAUCAUGUCCUCCUUUGUCAAUACUAUGACUUCCUUAAGUGUAAAACAAG